CUCAAAACCCAGUGAAUAGGAAAAAUACUGUUGCGAAAGAAUACUAUGUGUAGAUUGCCUAAAUAAGAGUUAUUUAUAUAAAUAUGUCUUCUUCAUUACUUUUAUCAGCAGGAACAGUUUGAACAUUUGUUCGGUAGUAAUAUAUUUUAGCGAAAUAAAGUAAACGCCCAUUUUUUCUUGGCUAGUUAUGAGACUUUUUAAAGAAAGUAAUCACUUUGUUUAGGACAUGAUCUCACUUCUGUGACUGUAGUAUGGUGGUACAGUCUUCACUUCUUGGGAUUUCUUCGCAUUUAUUUUACUAUUUAGUCACCAGUGAUUUACAAAAAUAAUGUACUUGUAUUGAACACAGCAGUUUUAAAUUGUUAAAAUAGUCAAUAUACCAACAAUCUGAAUCGUGCUCAUAAAAUAUUGUUCAUGAUUAAUGUUGACGUUGUUUUUGUUAUUGGUAAAAUUUUAUUGGUAAGUAUUUAUUAUUUAUAAUUGUUGAGUCAGCCUAUCAUCUAUGAUAAUGAUAAUCUAUAAACUAUAAAGGCUAUAUAGGCAUAGUAUUAUACUAUAGGCAUAGUAUAGCUAUACCCAUAGGCCUAUAAUUACUAUAGACUAUAGUUAAUUAAAUUAGGAAUGAGUAAUAGUAAUAGUAUAGUAUACAGCUAGUAAGUACUAAAGUUAAAUAAAGUUAGUUUAAGAUAGUCAAUAGUAUACAGUAUACUAUACUUCAAUUGCAUAAAAAAUAAUGCUAAAUACUAAACAGCUAUGCAGAAAGUUUGUCUUAAUUCUUUUUUUUUAGAAUAAUAUUAAAUUAGAGUAGUGACAGAGUAGAGUAGAUUUUUUGAUUGUGAUGGUGCGUAAGGCUUAACAACACUUAUAUGAUUAUGAUUAUUCAGAUUAUUAGCAGCACAGUCCAAAGAAUUGAUGAUGUUAUAGUUGAAGACAUAUAUAAUGUAGGCUAUAUAUAUAUAUAAUGAAACAGAAUUUAAAAAGUCAAUACCAUUUACAUUGCUAGAUAUUAAUACAGACUGGUAAUUGUGACUCACUGGCUGCUGUCCAAAAAAUGCAGUCAACUUCAGAUUCAGAUAUUAUAAUUAUUUUCUAAAUAAAUCAAAUCUUUGAAACUGAUUCCUCAAUAUUGGUUGAUUUGUAGUGGCUAUUUUAUGUGAACAUUUUCUGAUAUUUAAAAUCAAUUUUAAAAAUCUAUUGUUGCUUAGCUCACACUGUUUUGAUGCCUACUACAAUUAUGGAACUUUUCAAAUUUUACUCUCAUGUGAUUCUUUUAUGUAUCUCCAGAGAGCGGCAACAGCUAAAUCAUUAAAGACAUGUAUUCUAAUUAUCAUAGUGGUAAUUAUGGGGGUGGCAGCACAAAUUCAUAUCCAUCCUAUUACACACCGCCUACCAUUGGAAGUGAUCCGCCAUCCAAUCUUCCUGGGCCCUUAUCCAAAGUAAAUGAACAAGCUGCAGUAGCUCUGUUGCAGCAUCUAGACAGAAGCGAACUUCAGCAUCUGUUGGACAAUGAAUCUAAACUUCAGGGUCUUGUUGAUGAUCUACCACAGGUCUGUUAAUAUGAUGCUUAAAAUAAUUGCUGUUAUUUUAUCUGAAACCUUAAAAAAAAAACAAUAAGAAAUCUAAUCCAAAAAUUUUUUAAAAAUUGUUUGAAGACUUUGGCUCUGUGGACUUACUCUGAUUGCAAGAGUCCUCAAAUUUUGCCAGGUUUGAUGCAAAUGUAAAAGAAGAUGCCAUGAAAUUAUUACAUUUACAUCUUUAUUUUUGUUAUUUUGCCUUUUAUGAUGUGGUGUAAUUAAUUGGGAUUGUGCCACAAUGGAUGACUCUUAUUAAAGAUCUGUAUUCUUACUUCAGAGUAUUUUUUUUAUGACUUCCAAUAGUAUUUUUCCAAUUUACCUACAAAGGCGAAAGUAUAAACUGGCAAAUUAUUGCUACUCACAUUGUGUGUGUUUUAGAUACAUCAGUCAACUACAUUUUUCUGAAAGCAGUGUCAAUUUGCAUAAGAUAAUGGCUGGUUUCUAUUUUAAUUCUUUGUGAGUUAAUCUCUUUCUGCUGCAGUAUCUCUGCAGUCCUACCAAUGGCAACCAGGGGAUUAUUGUCAGCAGAAGGGUUUGCAUUAUGAUUAAUGUUUUUAUCCUGACCAAUCAGCUGGUCUCGGGGGUAUGAAAUUGUAAGCCCUUAAAGCAGCAAGCAAGCCCACCUCCAGUUGCCUUGCAGAGUAUGAUCACUAGCUUGAAGUCUCAUCUGGCUAGUUUAAAUAGUACAGCAAAUAGUCCAUUAGGGUGAAAAACGCUCUGGCUGUCACCAAGCCUAGGGAUACUCAAAGAGUAUUUAUUGUUAAAAAUUAUGAAGAUGCUCAUUGUAUGGGUUGGUCUCAUAUUACUCUCAGAAGUUUAUUAGCUUUCUGUUGUUUUUUUUGUGUCUCUCAUCAGGUUAAGGCUCUUAACAUAGAGCAUGAUGAGAUCGUAGCAACCAAUAAAAGUCUGGCAGAAUACAAUUUGUCAAUGCAGCCAAAGCUUGAAAAUUUGAAAAGCAGUCUAGCCUCAAGCUACGACACACUGAAUAAAUUGAAGUCGGAGUUAUCUGAGAAAAAGGCAGUUUUAGGUAACUGACAUGAUUAAAUAUUGAACAUAAUUAUUAUGAUGGGUGUCACAAAGAUAAUAUUUCUUUUCCUUUUAAUUGUAAAUCAUGCUGAAUUUUAACCUUUUCAACAAAUUACAUUUUUUUUAAUGAAUGUUGAGUUAGUAGACAUAAAAUUACCCUUCUUUGUAGGACUAUUCUUAAAGACCCAGAAAAUAGAAUAUGAACAGAGGAUUUUUUAACUUAGAAAAUCCUCACUAAACUAAUUGGAAGAAAACUGUAAAGAUGUAGUGAGCAGAUCCUUGGGAGCACCAGUGGAAUUAUCACAAACUACUUCCAGAGAAACAACACGGAACCGCAACCAUCAGGAACUUUGUAUAGCCAACCAUUGAAGUCCCUGGCAUAUGUGGAUGACAAAACGCUACUGGGCAAUGAUAGAAUUAAAGCAUUCAGAGAACUUGAAGAUGCCAGUGUGAAGGUAAAUGAAGCACAGACAAAAUAGAAAAUAAUGUCACAAAUACUGGUGACAACAUCAAAAUAAGGAGCCACACUUUUGAGAGAGUGGUUACUUUGAAGUAUCUAGGAGCUAUUAUAAAUGAGCACAAUGAAAUAAUGACUGAGGUCAAAUAAAGGAUAAAAGCAGGCAACCAUUCUUAUUUUAGCCUACAAAAGCUACUAGGAAUCAAAAACCUCUCAAGGAGGACAAAGAAGGCUGUAAACACCAAUAUCAUAAGACCGAUUGUAAUUUAGGCACGUGAGACCUGUUCCUUUACUAUAAAAGCAGAGAACCUGCUCAAUUCAUGGUAAUCCUCUUCAAAAUGUUUGGUCCGGUGAUGGACAAUGGUGGAUUGAGAAUCCGUGCAAACCAAGAUAUAUAUCAAUUGUUUGAAGACCCAUCAAUUAAAAAAGGCAGAAUGCGCUGCACAGGACACCCUUGAGAGGAUUCCAGAUUGUAGAGCAGCAAAAAUGAUCUACUGGCAUAAACAUAGGGGCAAACAGCUCACCAGUCAACUAAGACUGAGAUGGAUUGACAACUUACAGAAAAACUUACACCAGCUGAGGGUCCGUGCAUGGAGGCGGAAAGCCGUGGAUCGAUCCAAAUAGAACCCUACAUGGGCUGUCGUGUCACUGAGGAUGAUUCUUAAAGAGGGACCCUUUUUGAAAACGUUUUAGUCUAAUGCAACUUUCAUUUUCUUUCAAAACACUUUCAUGAACUAAAGAUCAAAUAUCUCAAAGUUCUUUUUCUGAAAAAUCAAUUUUAGAACUCAAAAUAAAUUUUUGCAAUGCUUCUCAUCAUUAUAAUUUUGUUAUAUUUUUAACAUUUAUAUUGAGCUCAGGGUGCCGCUUUCCAUUUCUAAUGAUAUAAGAUGUAAAUUGAAUUACAACCUGAUAAAUUGCCAUUACUUGCCCCAUAAAACAUUUUCAGUUUUUUUGGCCGUGGUAAUUUAAUGUUUGAUUUUUUUCUGAAAAGAUGCUUGCUGUUUACACUUAAGAGGAAAUUACAUUAUUUUGUUAUGACAUGAAAUGCUAAAGGAAGAAAGAAUGGGUGUAGAAAUAUGGAACACUUUUUUUUUUAUUCACUUUUAACACUGUUUUCUUUUUCUUGACAGACAGUUUAGUAGAUAAACAGUCAUUAGACACAAUUCUUGCAUUGCUGCAGACUGAAACAGCUAAAACAGAAGAGGAAUCUGAGGUACAAUAAGUUUUAAUCACAUAAAAAUUGACUAUUUAUUUUGAUGAAACUCGGCUAUAAUGAAUUCAGGUCAAAUCUUUAAAAAAAAAUGUUUUGAUGGGUGACAAUGUGAAAAUAUUACUUUAAGCCAGUGGUCUCAAACUCGUGGCCGGUGGGCCACCAUUUGCGGGCGGCCCGCAAGACGUUAUUUUGCGGCCCGCUACAUGACAGCAAAGUUUAGUGUUAAUGCGGCCUGCACGUUUUACCCAUUCUCAUAUCUUUAAUGUGACCAUCCGCGACGGUUUCAGUUGAAUCUCUCCUGCUAGUCAUAAUUCUGAUUUUUAUUAUGUUUGGAUACAUUUGGACGUUGAUUAUAAUCGUAAGAACCAUUUUAAAGUCGGACUAAAAGUUUUUAUUUUAUUGCAUAUUAUGAGACAAACAUAGCCAAAAAGCAGUUUUUAGAAAUGUUUAAAAAGUCAAUUAUUGGGUAAUGCACAACCAUAAUUGUGUAAAUAGUAGCAAUCUGACAUAGUAUCAAAGAAUCAAAUUUAAAAUUGCCGCUAGUGUUUACAGGGGAGGAAAAUUCAGAGCCUGUCAGCUUGGUCACUUUCAAUAGGGUUAGUAAAAAAGGCCUUUGCUACGAUAAAAAAAUCAAAAUUCAUUCUCCCUACAAUAGCAUUUUCCGUCGCAUUAAUAAUUCCGGUUCAUAAAUAUUGCCUGUCACUCCCUACAGCUUGAACAAGUUUUAGCAUUUAAAGCCUUCAUGGAGAAGGAUGCGGAUGGGGUGGUAGUUCCUGUACUAAGUGAUCCCAAAUAGAUCAUAGAAUUGGCUUUUCUUGUUGACAUUACACAGGAGCUGAAUGUACUCAACAAGAAUUUUCAAGACCAGGAUUAGAUUGCCUAUGACAAUGUCAGGCCAUUAUGCACAAAAUUUGUGUUAUAGUAUUUAGAGAAACCUCUGUCAUUUCCCAACAUGCAAUGCUCAUGGACUUGGGCACACCAUUCAGUAGUAAGUAUACCGAUACCAUUGCAAAGCUACAGGAAGAAUUUGAUUACAUGUUUUUAGACUUCAAAACACAAAGAGAAACUUUUUGCUGACCCUUUUUUCUUUAAUGAGGAAGAUUCCCUCCCUCCCCCUUUUUUUAAUUAAAAAAUGUUUUUAAUGGAGCUGAUAGAUCUUCAGUGCAAUUCUAAGUUCAGGGAAGUGAAUGGAAAAAUAGACAAGCAUGGACAAUUUAUGAGAGCCUAGUCCUCCACCUUCCCUGAGAUUUCCAGGUUGUUCAAGCGGAUCAUGUGCCUUUUUUGGGAGUAAAUAUCUGUGUGAAAAGCUCUUUUCCCUAUGAACUUUAACAAGUAAAAGUUCAGGGCCAAACUUACUGAUGAUUAUCUUCAAGCUAUACUGAGGGUCUCAAUUGCUUCCUCAUUCAAGCCAAAUGUUGCUCAGCUGUGUAAGAAGAAGCGCUGCCAGGUCUCUGGCAACAAAGAGUAGGAGGAAGAAAGUGUAGCCUAGUUCUUGAGAACCAUUCAUGUUUUUAUUUGUUAUUAAUAAAGGUUCAGCACGUUGUAACAGUUGUGCUUAAUUGAAUUUGUAAUAGCUUUUUUGUGGAAUACUUGAUGCGGCCCAGUCGCACUCAGACUCUACCUCCUGCGGCCCACAGAUGAUUUGAGUUUGAGACCCCUGCUUUAAGCUUUUUGUUCAUAAAAAUAUUUAAUGUACUAUGUGCUUUCUCUCCCCCUGACAGCAACUUGCUGAUAGCUUCUGUGACAGUAACAUGCAAAUAGAAGAGUUCCUUGCUCAGUACUUGCCCAAACGCACACUCGCCCAUGUCCGACGGAUCAAAAGUGAAAGAUUUGCAGAACUGAUUCGAGAUGCAUCCCACAGAACACCCAACAGUGUGCCCUCAAACAGCUGGAGCGCUUCUUCACAGUCCAACAGCGCCCUCCCAUACCCAGUACCUAGGGGUCCGGCACCCAAAGCUCCCUACCCCUCUGGUGUUCUUGGACCUGCGCCUUAUGGCACAAGAAACACAGCACCCUAUCCACCAACGGCAGGAUAUGGCAUGCCACAGCCCAGCUAUAAUCGAUAACGCCCACAAGUACUUGAAUUUUAUUUCUUUGUAUAUGAGACAUUUGUUUAGCCCCCCCUCCAGUUCUAUUAUGUUUUCAAGUCAAGACACGUUAUAUAAAUGGUAGUUUUAUUGUGUAUUCAAGUCAUGUAGGUUUAAAAAAAAAAAUGCUAGUUUUUUUGUAUCAGGAUCUCAACAGAAGAAGUGGAAUUUUAUUGUGUUUUUUAAAUGGUACGGCAACAUCCCUAAGCUCCAUUCUCUGGCUUAUCUUCAUUUUUAUAAAUAAAUGUGUGUUAAAUUCUUAAUUUAGAAAUGUGUAAGUGGAACUGGAAUAUGAACUUAUCUGAUAAAAGUCAUCUGAUAACUUCCUGUUCUCAAUGACAGUCUUGAAGUAUAUAUGGAUAUACAUAGUUUAUCAUUAUCAAUCAAUUCAUCUUCAGUUUUUUAAAAUUCAUUAACAUAAAUCUUUGAAGUUUCUUAAUAUAUCUUAUGAUUUUGGUGAUCAGUCAAUUUAAUUCAGGUGCAACUGCUGAAAUAAAUUACCUUCAGGAUUUCAAAUUAAAUUUUGACAAAGUAGGAAGGAAAAAAGAUAAGUCCAGCACAGCAUAAGUCUAACCUGAGAGAUAAGUCUAAACUGAGAGCAGCAUUCUGUGGGCCUGGAAUUUUCUCAGUGACUUGCAAACAGUUUCUCAAAUUUGACUUCAAAAUGGGGUUUAAUGUGGCCUUCAAGGGACAACUGUACUUAAAAGAUAGAAAUAAAGGGCAAUAGCCAUAAAAAUCAAACAAUAAAUAAUGUAUACUUAUAUUUUAUUUGAUUAAUAUUGUUUAAUGAGUAAUUGAGCACAACUGCUCUCUCUCUCUCAUCUGUUACCCUGGCUUAAGGCUGGAUGAAUAACAACAUUGUCAAGCACAAUACAAACUGUCACACUCAGUUCAGUAAAUUAUCAUUGCAUUUACUAAAAUUGGUUUUUCAAAUUUAUUUCCCCCCCAGCCCCCCCCCCCCAAUCAUAUUUGGCAUAACACUGUUGUUUAAAAGGUUUUGAUUUAUAAUAACACCUGCCCCUCCUAAAAUCUGUUGCCCAUUACAACCAAUUAUGUAUGUUACCCUCUGUGGCAUGAUGUCUCUCUAUCUUGUCCAUUGUGAUAUAAUAACAUUCCCUCUAUUUGGAGUCUGCAUGCUAAAGGUGACUUUAGUAACCCAAAACUAAUGUAUAAUGUGUAUUGGUGAGGAGACAUUAGCUAUCAACAGCAUAAGUAACUGAAAAACACCUGAAUGGUGUGACACAUGAUAUCCAGUAUCAAAACUUUAGAAUGUUUCCUAUAAAACUUAAAAAAUUUUUUUUAUUGUGUGUUCCUUUUUCAGAAUUUUCUAAAUUCUCACCACCUUGACCUAGUUUGUGAUUUUUAAAUUGUUUUUAACUUUUUUCUUUAAAGCCAAAAAGCCUGGCGCAAUAAAAGUAAUGACACUUUUUUUUUCUGUUAAUAUGCAUAUGCAUACAGUCAUACAAUUUUACACAGCCCUUGUACACAUAAAAGGCAGAUCAUGUUGCUGCUGCUAACUUGUCUUCAGAUUGUGAUCUCUUAGUUUUUAACAUUUGUUAUUACAAAGCAAUAAACUGAUAAAGAGAAGAUGAUACAUUUAAAAAAAAAUGUACUUUCAGAUUUAAAUGGAUGAUUUUAAGAUUUUAACAAAACUUUGCCAAUGUGAAUGACAUUUCAAAACAGUUGGGUAACAGGGCACAUUAAAAAAAUUUUUUAUUUGCAUCAUUGCAACAACUGAGUGUGACUAUUAAGGUACUUGGCAGAGGGGGGUGGGGGGAUACAUUUAAAUUCAUAUUUGUUGCUUGCUAUCAUAAAGCAUAUAAAGAGGAAGCUUCAUUGCCAAUAAAUUGUCAGUGUAGUGGCCCUUGGCCCAUUUUAGAUAAAGUGCUGCCUGGUUCAAAAAUGACAGUUCCAGAAAUGUGCAUUUUACAUAAUAAGGCCUAUUUAGGUGUCAAACCCCCUAUUGAUAAAAAUAUCAACGGUUGGCUUUACUACUGAUGCCACAGAUUUGGAUCAUGUAUUUAAAAAAAAAAAAGAUGCUGUUACUAAGACUUUGUGAUUAUAUGAGAGGAGCUGCCGGGGAAUAAGUCCAUGAUUCUUUCAUUUUAUUUAAAUCAUCUUAUUUUGUGUCAAUAAUUAAAUAUUUCGGGUAAAAUAGACAUUUGAGAUAUAUCAUUUUUUAUUUGUUCUAACUGUUGCCAUUUGUGUUGCCUGUUAGAACUGCAUGGCUGAAAUGAUAAUUUCAUCCACUGUUAGCAUUUUCCAGGCCUGGUAGAACUACAUAGCUUCAAAAGUCCAGAAUUUUUGAAGCAAGAAAUGUAAUUGAAAUUGACUUCAUGGUAUUGUGACUUGAUGUCAUCCAUUUUCAUUUCAGGCAUAACUGUUUUAUUUAUGGAUUUCCCAAUGUAUAAAGAAGAGUUGAAUAAUUCAUUUAUAUUUGUUCAUACAACAAAAUAAAAUGCUCAUAUAUAUAUAUAUUCACAUAUAAAAAGUCUUAACUUUUCUGCGUGAGAUUGUAUUUACCGGUAUCACUUUUGAAGAAUGAAAA